AUGGAUAACACCAUCUCUUCGUCUCUUUCCUCUGUUCCUCUCUCCGUAAACCAAUCAAUUCAUAUCAAACAAACAAUGUCUUCCCAAACUACAGUCUUUGUCUCCGGUGCCUCAGGGUUCAUCGCCCUUCACGUCGUCAACGACCUAUUAAACGCAGGUUAUAAAGUUAUCGGCUCAGCCAGAUCCCAAGAGAAGUGCGAUCAAUUGCUAGCCAAAUUUAAGAACCACCCAUCUUUAUCCAUGGUUAUUGUGCCAGAUAUCUCCGACUUGAACGCCUUCGAUGACGUAUUCAAGAAGUAUGGUAAAGAAAUUAAAAUUGUUCUACACACAGCAUCUCCAUUCCGUUUUGACGUCAACGAUUACGAAAAGGAUCUAUUGAUUCCUGCUCUUAACGGUACCAAGUCCAUCUUGAAUGCCAUCAAACAAUACGCUGCUCAAACAGUGGAAAGAGUCGUAAUCACCUCUUCCAUGGCUGCCCAAUUAAACACCAUUUACAUGAAUGAUAAGAGUAUCACUGUAGAUGAAACUAGCUGGAAUGAUGCUACAUGGGAGGGCUGUCAAACCGACCCAGUGUCUGCUUACUGUGCCUCUAAGGGAUUUGCUGAAAAGGCAGCAUGGGAUUUCUUGAAGGAAAACAAGGACCAAGUUAAAUUCAAAUUAUCCACCGUUUUGCCCGUUUAUGUCUUUGGUCCACAAUUAUUCCCUGAACCUUCCAAGAAGGUAUUGAACACUUCCUCUGAAAUUAUUAACCAAAUAGUUAAUGCCGAUAAGGAUACCGAAUUGAUGCAAAUGAAUGGUGGGUUCAUUGAUGUCCGUGAUGUGGCUAAGGCUCAUUUAUUGGCAUUCCAAAAGGAUGAAUGUGCCGGUGAAAGAUUAUCUCUAUAUGGUGGGAUGUUCUCAACACAAGAUUUCUUGGAUAUAAUUAACGAAGAUUUCCCACAAUUGAAGGGAAAGAUUCCUGUGGGGAAACCAGGUACUGGUAAGGACGUUAUUGAAAACUCCUAUAAGAUAAACAACGAGAGAACCAAGAAAUUGCUGGGUUUCGAAUUUAUUAAUAAGAGAGACUGUGUGGAUGCCAGUGUUCAACAAAUACUAGAAACUGAAGGGAAAUUAUAA